GAAAUAGCGUGAGAUUAAAGAGUGGCUCAUAAUACCAGACUAUCCUUAAACAUUAAGAUUCAAAACCCCAAAAUAAUCUAUACUUCCGUAGGAUUCUCGCCAUAGUUUACAGAUUAAUCAAUGAAGCUAACGAUGUUCGCCGAAUUGAUAUGCGGUUUGGUUUUCUACCGCAUAUUUAAGCGAUUUUUCUUCGACGAUGAUGCCGAAUUCGAUCUCGAUUCCUCGCGUUUCAAUGCCCUUACUGCCGUCGCUAAAAGAUUGGAGAAGCUGUAUGCCGGGAGCAAAGUUUACGUUGGGCUCCAAAUUCCAGACCCUGAUUCUGCUUCUCGCAAAAACAUUGAUCUUGUUCUCGUCACUAAUCAUGAGGCAAUAGUGAUUUCUGUAAAGAAUGUAUCGGGGUUUGUUUCGGUCGAUAAGGAUGGUAAUUGGGUGUGCACUGACAAAAAGCAUCGAAGAACUGACCGCCUUCCCAAUCCCGUACCUGAAAUCGAGCACUUGGUUUCCAUUCUUGAAGGGUACCUUGAACAAAGGGGAGUUGCUCUUCCAGAAGGAUAUUUAUCUUAUAAAGUCAUAUGCCCUGAUCCGAAUUUUUGCCAAUCGGUCCCCUUUCCACCUGAGGUCAUUACUUAUGGUCAGUGGACACAAUUAAAACCCGAACACAACAGUUCAUAUUCUGGAUGGAUCAAAGGUGCGCUUUUUCGUGGGAAGAAAUCGCAGGAGUCAUUUUCCGAGAAGCUCAACUCUGUUCUCUGCACGGCUCCAGCAUGUGAUAGGUUGGAGGUCAAAGGGAAUAAGUGUAUUUUGGGAGAGUUUCUCGAAUUCAAAGGCAAACAAGAAGACCUCCGGGCAUUAAGAAAGAUCAAAAGAUCGAAAGUCAGUCAUAUGACCUUUCAGAAGACUAGCAUGUUUUCUUUUGUUCAUUCGGAAGUCCAAGUCUUGUAUGCUUUGUGUGAUUAUCGCGUUGAAGGACCUUCUUGGUCGUCACAAUGGAAAGAAGUUGCUGUUAGAUCGAGCACGGAGGUACUUUUUAGGCCACAGAACUCUACUAGAUUAUGCAAGUAUAAGCUUUCUACAAUUACUUCGAUCUCACUGAGUGUUUGAGCACUGCGUAUAGUAUGAAGUAUCCACCACAUAUAUGAGGUAGCAGUUUAAGUGGUAGUGCAUUACUAUUCCCUCUUCCUCUGCUUGAAUGCAUGUAUCUAAUCCAUGGAUUGUGGUUUGUAAAUUUAUGAGCAUAGAUUAAUAUUAAAAAGUAGCAUUUGGAUGA